CUCCAUCACAAGUUUGGUAGUUGUGCCCGUCCGCUCAUCUUGUGCAGUGAGCGGUCGUGGCGUCUGUUUCUUUUCUUCAGCUCGCACUUAUUUCUUUUUUUUGAAAGGGAUAAUUCUUGAUGUCCGCCUGAGACGUCACAAAAAUGUCUGAAAUUGUCCGCCGCUGUCAGUUGCAGGCACUGAUAACGAGCAAGAUAGUAUAAAAUCGUAUUCUGUGAAAAAAGUACUUUUUUAAAAAAAAAUUUUAAAAAUUGACCUCGCGUAUAAAUCUGAAAUCGGGAACCUACGAGACAAGGCAGGAAAAAAAAAGGACUGCAGGCGAGCCGGAAGACUGGAGAUGGGCUAACAAGGUGCCAUCGUUUAAGAAAGGUGAUGAGAAAAAGCCAGGAAACUAUAGACGUGCAAACCUGAUGUCAGCAGUGGGAAAGUGCAAAAUGGGUGCAUUUUUGGAUAAACCAAAAACAGAGAAACAUAAUGCACAUGGUGCAGGGAAUGACUUGCGUUAUGGCCUUAGCAGCAUGCAGGGUUGGAGAGUGGAGAUGGAAGAUGCUCACACAGCCAUUGUUGGCAUUCCUCAAGGUUUGGACACAUGGUCCUUCUUCGCAGUAUAUGAUGGUCAUGCAGGCUCUCGUGUGGCAAACUACUGCUCAAAGCACUUACUUGAACAUAUAACAAGUAAUGAAGACUUCAGAGGCACAAAUGUGUCUGGGUACCCCAUUGAACCUACCAUAGAACAUGUCAAGAGUGGUAUCAGAACUGGAUUUUUGAAAAUUGAUGAGUACAUGCGUAAUUUUUCAGAGCUGAGAAAUGGCAUGGACAGGAGUGGGUCGACAGCUGUAGCAGUCCUGAUCUCCCCAGAGCACACAUACUUUAUCAACUGUGGCGAUUCAAGAGCUGUUCUGUACAGAAACGCACAACUUUGCUUUUCAACACAGGAUCAUAAGCCUUGCAACCCAAGGGAGAAAGAGCGGAUCCAGAAUGCAGGGGGCAGUGUAAUGAUACAGCGAGUUAAUGGGUCACUAGCUGUGUCACGAGCACUAGGGGACUAUGAUUACAAGUGUGUCGAUGGGAAGGGGCCAACAGAGCAGCUGGUAUCUCCAGAGCCUGAAGUAUAUGAGAUUCUUAGAGCAGAAGAAGAUGAGUUUAUUAUACUGGCAUGUGAUGGCAUUUGGGAUGUGAUGUCCAAUGAGGAGCUCUGUGAGUUCGCUAGAUCUAGACUAGAGAUAACGGAUGACCUUGAGAAAGUCUGCAACUGGGUGGUGGACACCUGCUUACACAAGGGUGGAAGAGAGAACAUGAGCAUUGGUUUAAUCUGUUUCUCAUCCAUAAAUUUACUUAGUUUGGAAGCAGUUAGAAGGGGUAGCUUCUUAGGGAAGAAUCUUGAACAAAAGGUGGAGGAAAUUAUGCUGAAACCCAGUGAAGAAGGGAUACCUGAUUUGGUUCAUGUGAUGCGCACUCUUUCUAUGGAGAACAUCCCAAAUUUACCGCCAGGAGGUGGCCUUGCAAGCAAGCGCAGUGUGAUUGAAGCUGUUUAUAAUAGACUGAAUCCACACAGGGAUGAUGAUGGGGACCCUACUGGAGCAGAUGAAAGGGGAACAAGACCGGGCAAAUUGCUCGAGACACUCAGACAAUUGAGAAUUAAUCAUAGGGGGAGCUACCGUCAUCUAAUGGAGGAGAUGCUGGCUAGUUACAGGCUAGCUCAGAUCCAGGGGGAAGCAAAUACCACCGAACAAGCUGCUUCCACUGCAGUAAUGCCUGCUAGACAAUCAGAGACCAGGUUGCAGGCUGAUGAGACUCGUCCUGAGGAUGUAAACUGAACUGAUUUGAAGAUGUAGUAAUAAAUGAGAAACCUUAAAAGUUCAUGAUUCCAACAUUGUGUAUCAAUUGUGUUUUCAAAUUUAUUACAUUGCAUGAGUUUGUGAUCUCUAUUGCAUGUCUUCUUUUUAAAAAAAAAAAUGUUUUGUGCAUGUGGAUCAGCUUUUUUUUAUCAGGUUGCCAUAUCCACCCAAGCAGUGACAGUUAAUUUUUAAUAUCUGUUUGUAGCACGUCAGUUUUUAUUUUGUUGUAAAAAAAUGUAAACACAUCAAAUGCAUGAUUCAGAACAGAUACUAUGACAUUGAUAAAUCUAUCAUGCUUAUUGUAAAUGUCAGUUAUUUGUAAACAAUGACUAUGGGCAUGUUCUUGCUUUUUUUUUUGCAGUAUUCAGCCAGAGAGGGGAUUUGUCUUUUUUGAAUGUGUAAUAAAGCUUUAUACCAUGUCUGGACCAUUGUUUAACUUGCACUUUUUACAUGUUAAUAUGGAUAUUCUUUCUUCACUGCAAUAAAUAUCCAAAGUAAAACGUGAAACCAGAUAGUUGUGUUUUACGUUUAAUAAAUGACUUGUCUGGGGAUGUACUGCUUUUUCAUUUUAAAGAUGUAAACUCUGCAGGCAAUGACUACAAAUUUGUGCAUUUCAGUACAUUGCAGUUUUAAUUUUUAUAAACCCAUUUUCAGUAAGUGCACAGUUUUACACACAUUUCUGAUUCUUAUUCAAACAUUUAUAUAUGUUGCUAUUUCCACAUCUUGCCUUAAAAUAAUCAAAGCUGUCAGAUUGUUUAGAAAAUAACCGAGACUACGUGCACAACUAUGUAUUGUUUGAGACUGCACAGACCCUCUGAGCCAACGUAUAACUUACUGCAAGAAAUUAUUUUGGCUAACUUCUUCAAAAAAAAAAUCUAAUUAUUUUACCAGGUAGCGAGUUGGUUAUUUUCAAUAAAGAUUUGAUGAAAUGUUUUUCUAAGUUGUAUACUGUAAUUUUUUUUGAGGGAAGGUGUGUGAAAAUGUGGGUAAUGGUUGAGAAAUUGGGUAUGCAUGCAGAACAGCACAUUUCAUUUAAAAAUAAAAAGGACACAAAUUUCUAAAAUAUGGGCCUUUUUUAAAAAAAAAUCCUGUAUAUUGAUUAGUGGUUGAAUGUAAUAGAAAUGGAAUGGAGGGUUUUUUUCCCUGAUAUUUUAUGUAUUCGUUAAACUUUUGAUUCUGGCAAACAGGAUUUGCUUAAAAAAGACUCUGCCUUAAAUUUGCACAUAUCAACUGUAUUCUGGCAUUGAGUUUGAAAUGCUAUGUAUAAGUACAUUAUUUGAUUUUAAUGUUCCACAUAAAUUGCAUAGAAAAGGAACUCUAGUGGGGACUGUGCAGAUCAAGACAUCAAAUUGCAAGCAUACAAUACAGUGUUGUCAGCAAACAAAUCAAACCUUCAUGUAGCAAGCUUGAGCACACCUGAUUUAGAGGCUGUUUAUUAAAAAUUUGAAAUCUAUUUUCUGAAGACUUGCCUAUAACGUAGUUAUAUUGUAAAUCAUUUCUGUGCUGUUCCUGUGUGUGAAAUAUUGUAUUAUUAUAUAUAAACUUUAAACCAUACUAAUUCAUGAUUUUAUAAAAGAAACUCAUUGGGUUAAUAUUUUUCAUGAUUUCUACCUC